UGAAAGUGCAGACGAGACUUUGAAGCUGGAUUUCUCGAGAGAAAGAUGGAAACUCAAAUGAUCCAGUAAAGCCAGGACACAGCCAUAGUCUUUUCCUCAUCUGACUCAUCAGAACUUAAAUCAUCAACAUUUUGAAUAUUUUCCUUUCCUUCAUCAUUCUCUGAAAUUGAAGUAAAGAACAUGGAAUUUGUUUGCAUUGCAAGUCCCUGUCGUGACUGAGUUCGAUCUUGGACCAAGUCUCUUGUUUAUUUUCCAAUUGGUCUCUUGUCAGGUGACUUGGGAUUCAUCACUUGAAGAUCUAUCUUUAGUUUCAAAAUAUAAAGAUAUAGGCUUCUUGUUUUUACUAUCCUCUAAUCUACUUUUUUUUCAGGCUGACUGGCCCCCAGUUACAAACAUGGGUAAAUACCCAAAGUAUCCCGAGUGAUGAGUUCUAAACAAAGAACUUGAUUUGAGCAAUGUUUGUUUGUUUGGGGGUUUUGGGGUUGUUGUUUUUUUUUCAUUAUCAUUUCGGGAAUUUUUAGGUGUCAUUUUGGGAGUAAACACCUAUUUUCAGCAUUGGAAAUGUGAUUGAAUUUCGGUCCUCCACAGACCCUAAAAAAUCUCUGUCAUCAUAAGAUAUGUACUGUGUACUGCGACCCUGUUGCACCUUAUUUGUUCCUCCUCUGUGCAGAAAUUCUUGCAAUUUUAAUUAAACAAAAUAAGGAUAUAAAAGGUAUUGUGAUAUGUGAUAAGGAACACAAAAUAAGUCAAUAUGCAGAUGAUACAUCACUUGCUCUUGAUGGGAUACCUAAGUCACUUUUUACAGCAUUAGAUACCUUAGAUUUUUUCUCUAAACUUUCUGGUUUAAAGGUAAACAACUCAAAAACAAAAAUUGUUUGGAUCAGAUCUAAAAGGUUUUCAAAUCAGGUCUUUCAUCAUACUAGAUGGAAACUUGACUGGGGUUUAACAACUUUUAAUUUAUUAGGUAUUAACUUUUCAGUAGACUUACAACAAAUUACAGAUUUAAACUACACCAUACAGAUUCUACCACUUAUAGAUUCCUAAAUUAAAGAGCAUGCUACAACAUUGGUAAAGGCGAGUUCUAACACCAAUUGGUCGGGUUACAGUGGUUAAAACAUUAAUUAUUCCGAAAAUAAACCAUUUAUUUCUAUCACUACCAACACCGAAAAAGGAGAUAAUUAAUUUAUUGAGUAAAGAUGUUUUUGAAUUUAUUUGGAAUGGAAAAUGUGACAAAGUAAAACGUUCUAUUGUAACUCAAGACCACCAACAUAGAGGUCUAAAAAUGGUGGACAUCAACAAUUUUAUCAUGUCUUGAAAAUGUUCAUGAUUGAAAAGGUUAUUGAUGGGAAAUAAAUCCUGGGUAGAUAUUUUUGAAGCAAUUAAUGGUCAUGAUUUUGUUCACAAAUUACUUGAUUUUGGGGAUGCAUUUAUAUCUGAAUGUGUCAUUCCAGAAAACAAUAUUCUUUGGCAAGAUGUUUUUAAUUCUAUGCUCCAUGUAAUAAAAUCCUUUGACAAAAAUUUCUACAAGGAAACCUAUCCCAGCAUUCCUGUGUGGUAUAAUUCAAAUAUUAGAGUGGGUAUGAAAACACUGUUUAUCAAAAGCUGGUAUAAAAAAGGUGUAAGACUCAUUGACGAUUUCCUAGAUGACAAAGGGAAUCUUUUAUCACAUAACCUUUUUCAACAUAAAUUUGAUAUCCAAGUUUGUAUAUUACAAUAUAACAGUGUAUUGAGUGCAAUAUCAACUCAUCUGAAAUUGUUUGAAAACAAAGGUGUAUUCAAUAGAGCUUUUUCACCUUAUAUUCCAUUAUUUUAUAAACCUUUGAUUUUGCAAACUAAAUGUACUAAAUCUGUUUACAAACAGUUAAAUGUAAACCAUGAUAUACCUACUUCUGUUUCAAAGUGGAAUUUAGAUCCGGUAGCUUAUGGAAUAGAAAUAUGUGUUAAGGAUGCUUUUACUGUAUGUUUUAAGACUACCAAGGACUCUAUUAUCCAAUGGUUACAAUAUAGAAUACUUCAUAGAAUUCUGCCUGUCAAUUAUUAUCUUAAAAAAAUCAAUGUUGUGUCUUUUGAUUGUUGUACCUUUUGUAAUGAUGAAGUUGAGACAAUUCAACACGUUUUCAUUGGCUGUGAAAAACUAUCUAUAUUAUGGAGCAAUCUGAGCAUGCACAUUUAUAAAACAACUUCCAAAAGAAUAGGUUUUAAUGUACUUAAUAUUUUAUUAGGUGAACUCCCAUUGUUGAAAGGCAACAGAAUUGUAAAUUUCCUUAUCCUGUAUACAAAACAAUAUAUUUUUUCUUGUUUGAAAAAAAAAAAAACAAAUUGCCAAGAUUCUUGGAAUUAUUGUUCUAUCUAUACAACAAAUACAAGGUUGAAAAAUGUAUUGCAUAUCAGAAUUUAGAAAUACAAAAAUUUGAAAAUACCUGGCAUGUAUGGAAAACACUUUGACAACAUAAAAAAAUCAUAAUUUUGCUAUUUCAAGCAAUAUUAUUUUCUACUUUUGAAGCCACAUGUACUUUUAUGUAUUUACUCGAGCUCUGUAUUGUUAUCAUUUUUCUCUUACAAUUAUAUUAAAAAUGCAAGCACUUACCAACAAAAGUAUGAGUGUGAGUAUGAAAGUGUGUGGAAGUGGUUAGAAAAAAACGACAAAUGUUCUUUUGUCUUAUGUCAAUAUUUGUGAAAUAAAAAAUGUAUAAAUUAUUUAAAAAAAAAAAAAAAAAAGAA